UGAAAAUUAUCAUGGCCUGCCUCAAAAAACCAUUGCUGAAUUCACCUGAACUUCAAAGAACUCUUCAACACCCUCUCUUACGUCCAAGAACUCACAUUUUAACAGUCCCUUUUUUACUUCUCUCUCUGUUUCUCCUCUCAGUAUCAUACACUACACACUCUACCCGUUACAGUUACACCAGUACCACUCCUUCUCUUCGUUUACCACUUUCUUUGAAACGUGUAUUGGCACAUGCACCAUUCACUUCUUACGUAGUUUCAGAAGCACAGAGCAACACAUUCUCUUCUGUUACGGCAGCGGAAAGAACACGAGGAAAUCCAACAUAUAGUGACUCACAAGACCUCAGUUCAUGUGAUAUCUUUGAUGGCUCUUGGAUUCAAGAUGAUUCUCAUGAAACUGUUUAUCAACAUGGUUCAUGUCCUUUUCUUGAUGAUACUUUUAACUGUUUCAAGAAUGGACGUUCAGAUUUUGAGUUUCUUAAAUAUCGUUGGAAGCCACAUGGUUGUCAAAUUCCAAGGUUUGAUGGGUUGAAAAUGUUGCACAUGUUGAGAGGUAAGAGAGUGGUGUUUGUAGGAGACUCUUUGAACAGGAACAUGUGGCAAUCUUUGGUGUGUGCUUUGAGAGCUUCUCUUAAAGAUAAGAGCAGACUCUAUGAAGUUUCCGGACGCCGUGAAUUCAGGAUUCAAGGUUUCUUUUCUUUCAAAUUCAAAGAUUAUGGAUGCUCCAUAGACUUUGUGAAAUCCCCGUUUCUUGUACAAGAAUGGAAAGUGUCACGUGACGAUGAAGUUCCUCAAAGAGAUACUCUUAGGCUUGACAUGAUUCAAGCUUCCAAGUCUCAGUAUUAUGAUGCUGAUAUAAUCAUUUUCAACACAGGACACUGGUGGAAUCAUGACAAGACAAAAAAUGGUAGAAACUACUUUCAGGAAGGUAAUCAUGUCUAUGACAGAUUAGAAGUUUCUGAAGCAUUACAAAAGGCACUGAAGACAUGGGCUAAGUGGGUUGAUUCCACAGUUGAUAGCACACGUACAAGGGUUUUUUUCACUGGAUUUUCAGCUUCUCACUACAAAGGGGGGCAAUGGAACUCUGGUGGUAAAUGUGAUGGGGAGAGACAACCCAUUACAAAUGAAAGCUAUCUUGCAGCAUAUCCAUGGACAAUGGGAAUUGUCGAAGAUGUUAUAGCAGAGAUGAAGACACCAGUGUUUUAUCUCAACAUUACCAAAAUGACAGACUACAGAAAAGAUGGGCAUCCUUCAAUUUAUAGAGAACCAGGUUUCAGUGAUAGCAAAGGCCGUAAAAUGGUCCAAGAUUGCAGCCACUGGUGCCUUCCUGGAAUUCCAGACUCUUGGAAUGAACUCCUCUAUUCCACUCUACUUGUAGCUCACACAAAUUUUAUUGCUUCUACAAAUUAUUAACCAUGCGAUAUGAUCUUACUUAGUGUAAGAGAGACAUAAUUUUUAGGAAAGUAACUUGCACACCUAUAGCCGUGAUUGAACAUUGCAGGAUAGCACUUGUUACUCAACAAGAAUACUCAUAUCCUUGUUACAGUUCCAUAGUUAGAUUCAAAACAAGUGUAUACUUUGAUACACAACUUUGUAAUUUCUCCAGUAUACUUUUAACUA